AUGCAGCAACAGUCAAGUGACGGUGUUGAGUGCCACUUGCAGCACACGAUGCCAAUCGAGCUUUGGGACGAACACUUGAUCCCGUUCCUGACACUGAACGAAGCGGUGGCGCUGGCAGAGGUGAGCCGCUUCUUCUACGACGUCAUCCACGAGCACAUUCAGCUACGGGCAGAGGCGUCAUUGGUCUGCUCAGUGACGGAGCUGCUGCACGUCCUGAGCAAGUGGAAAAACCUCCGCAACGUAGCCUUCCAACCCGUCGGCGGUGAUCCAGAGAGCGACAAAGCGCCGGAAAAUAUUCACUACAACGUGAAUGCUUCGGGAGGUCUCAUCGUCGAUCUUGAUCGCAGCCAACCAGCACCGGAACCCGAACCAGCUCAAGCGACCAGCGAGAGCUACACUGACGAAGACGGUGUGAGCGUUCCAAUGCGGUACAGCUGCCCCAAUGUGCUGCAAGACUGUAUCGGGAGUGGCCAUGAUGGUCAAGUGAAGGGGCUGAACUUGUCCGGAAUCGUGCGCGUGAGCUUGUUCGACGGCGUGAACCGCUUGCAGGAGCUGGGACUGAGUGGCUGCAGCCAGAUCGACGGUUUGCACUGGCUAAACGGCAUUCGGGAGGUGGACCUGAGCUACUGCAACUUCCUGGAGGACGUGUCGUUCCUCAGCCGCUCACAGCACGUCGACUUGUCCUACUGCCACGCCGUCACGGAUCUUUCGCCAUUGGCUAGGUGCGAGUCAGUGCAGCUCAACGUGUGUCGGGGUAUCAGCGACGUCAGCUCGUUAAGCCGCGUACGUCGCGUGAGCCUGCGGAAUUGUCCGGAGGUGACCGAUGUGAGUGCACUAGGCAACGUACACGAGCUGAACUUGGGUGGCUGCGCGAACGUGGCGAACGUAAGCGCGUUGGGCAACGUGCACGAGUUAAACCUCUCGGGCUGUAUCAAUGUCACCGACGUCAGUGCUCUCGGCAAAGUGCACACGCUCAAGCUGCGCAAAUGUCUGGGGGUCGUGGAUGUUUCGGCACUUGGCGGCGUACAGGACUUGGACCUCACUGGAUGCAUCAACGUCACAGACGUGAGCGCUCUUGGACGUGUCCCCAAGCUCCAGCUCGCGCUCUGCAGACACAUUAGCGACAUCUCGGCACUGGGCGAUGGAGUGCAGGAGCUCUCCCUUCGGCAAUGCGAUGCCGUCACCGAUCUGUCAGCUCUGACUAAAAGCUCGAGUCUUCGCGACCUGGACCUCUCAGGUUGCACGGCGUUCACAAGCUCCGAGCUGCAGCAUCUGCCUCCACUUGAUCGCCUUGUGCUCUCGAGGUGCAGCCAAUUAAGGAGUCUUGAAGGUCUGACCCGCGUUCGAGAGCUCGACGUGAGCUUCUGCAAGAACCUGCGGUCGCUGGGGUCGUCACUGCGCGAGGUUCACACGAUCGUCACCUACCGCUGCGAGAAGCUCGAGGACAUCCAAGUGCUGGCCAAGUCGGCCAAGCACCUAGCGAAGGUGAACUUGUCCGGGUGCUCUCGCAUCAGCGACGUCAGCUUUAUCUCGGGGGCGCAGGAUGUCGACUUGCGGUUCUGCGACGCACUCGAGGACGCCCGUCCGCUGGCUGAAAGCGCGCGCAUCUUGAAGCUCGCCGGGUGCUCGAAGCUCGUGGACGUGUCUCCGCUCGCACGCGCUCGAGAGCUGGAUCUAAGCUACUGCCCACGUAUCGAGGACGUGUCAGCGCUGGAAGCGGUCCACACGCUGUCGCUACGCCACUGCCCGAGCAUCCGAGACGUCUCUGCGCUGUCCAGAGUGCACACGCUCAACCUCUCGGGCUGCGUGCAGCUUGAGGACGUGUCGGCUCUGCGAGAUGUGCACGAGCUCAAUCUGUCGGACUGCUGCAAGGUGACGGACGUCGGCAUGCUCACGGGCGUGCGCGUGCUGGACUUGCGCUACAACAAGAGCAACGCGGAUGCUAUAAAGGCCGGGGUCUCGAAACUGCGCGGUCUUGUGCCCAUCAUCCGCAUGUAG